AAGGCAACUGUCAAAAUGGCGCCACCAUAGCAAGUUCCCAUAACAAAGGCGUUUUGGUUGGAAAACUGAGUAUUUUUUUAGAAUCAUACAAAAUGACACGCUGUUGUGUUCCACAGUGCUCUAAAUUAGGAACACAUCAUUUUCCUAAGGACGACGCAAUCCGAAAACAUUGGAUAAAAGCUAUACGUCGCAAAGGAUUCGUACCGAAAGAAAGUUCGAGGUUAUGUCGCAAUCAUUUUGUGGAGAGUGACUAUGAAAAGAUCAGUAAAUACACAGGGUUGGAACACCAGCAUAGAUAUUUAAAAAAAUGUGCUGUACCUUCCAUUUUCCCAUGGAAUACGAAGCCACUCUCAGAACAGGCGCAAGCAAGGGAAGACCGGUUACGAGUUCGUAACAUCAGAAAAAGACGUCUUUUUGAGGACAGCCCGUCUACGUCUCAAGGAACUGAAGAAAUUGCACCCAUUGUGGAAGCUAACUGCCAAGAAAUGCAUAUUCCUGAACCAUCCAACAGGACCUGUGGGACACAAACAUCAAACAUCCUCAGGCUGUUUUCUACAGAAUUGUUGUUAACUGAUGAUGAGUCUGUUUAUUAUUACACUGGUUUGGAAACAUAUGCCAAAUUUACAUUUGUUUUGAGCACUCUUUUGCCAAUGGCUUACGAGAUAACAUAUCGCUGGAGCAGAGUGGUGGGCAUGUCUAUAGAGGACCAAUUUUUAAUUUUAUUAAUAAAAUUGAGAAGAAACAAGCCAGACUUUGAAUUAAGUAAGAUGUUUGGCGUAAGCAAGACAGAAAUUUCCAAUAUAGUAGUGACAUGGAUCAAUUUUGUUGCCGACAUAUGGAGCCUACUAGAUACUUGGCCUAGCCGUGAACUUGUUAAGUUUUAUAUGCCAAAAAGCUUCAGGAAGGAUUUCUACACAACAAGAGUUAUUGUUGAUGGUACAGAAAUACCUAUUCAAACACCUGGCCGGCCAGAUGCCCAGAAGUCAACAUUUAGCUCUUACAAGCAUAAAAAUACUUUAAAAUUCCUUGUUGGUGCUUCACCUGGAGGCCUAAUAACAUAUUGCUCUGGAGGGUAUGCAGGAUCUGCCAGUGAUCGUCAAAUUGUUGAACGGAGCAAUCUUCCGCAAAUGUGUGAAGAAGGAGACAGCAUUAUGGCUGACAGAGGCUUUAAUGUACAAGAUUUAUUUGCUAGCAAAGGAAUAGGAAUAAAUAUUCCUACUUUUUUGAAGGGAAAAUCACAAAUCCCAGGCGUUUUAUUGAAAAUGGAUCAAAAAUUGGCAAGACAAAGGGUUCACAUCGAGAGACUCAGAGGACUAACAAAAACAUACAAAAUAUUGACCUGUGACCUAAACCAAUAUUGUGUGCCUUUGGCUACAAAGAUAUUCAAAAUUUGUAUUCAACUCUGCAAUUUCAGGGAAGCAAUUGUAAAUAAAAAUAAAUAAAGUAA